UGAUGAGUAAUGAGCAUGAUAAACUGGAUUAUAAAAGCAGAUGAGAAUAAUCACACGCCCUUUACUUCUAAAAAAAUGUGGGCUUUAUUGGUUCUUGUAGGUGCCGCAGCUGCUUCAGCUCCACUUCACAGUCACCAUUUUGAUGGAGAGAAGGUGUUUCGUGUAACACCACACAAUGAAGAGCAGGUAGAAUUCCUCAACAACUUGGCCAGCAACAUGCAGAUUGAUUUCUGGAAUCCAGACACCAUCACACAAGUAAAACCAGAAAUGAGAGUUGAUUUCCGAGUUGAAGCGGACAAGUCCUCUGAUGUUGAGAGUCUCCUGGAGCAGAGGGGAGUGGAAUAUGAAAUUCUGAUCGACAACCUGAAGACGGUACUUGAUGCUCAGUUUGACAGCAAUGUUCGUGCUACUGGACACAAUUAUGAAAAAUACAACAACUGGGAAACGAUAGCUGCUUGGACUGCUGACAUUGCUGCUCAGAAUGCAAACCUUGUCUCCCGCACUCAGAUCGGGACUACAUUUCAGGGACGGCCCAUAUACCUCCUGAAGGUGGGGAAAAGUGGUUCAAACAAAAAGGCCAUCUUUAUGGAUUGUGGUUUCCAUGCAAGAGAGUGGAUCUCCCCUGCAUUCUGCCAGUGGUUUGUGAAAGAGGCUGUUAGUACCUAUGGAAGUGAUACCCUUAUGACACGUCUUCUCAACAACUUGGAUUUCUACAUCCUGCCUGUCCUUAAUAUUGAUGGCUAUGUCUACACCUGGACCAAUUACCGCAUGUGGAGGAAGACACGUUCCACAAACUCUGGCAGCAGCUGCAUUGGUACCGACCCCAACAGGAAUUUUAAUGCUGGGUGGUGCAGUGUUGGUGCCUCGAAUAGACCAUGUGAUGACACUUAUUGCGGCAGCGCCCCUGAGUCUGAAAAAGAGACCAAGGCUCUGGCUGACUUUAUUCGUAAAAAUCUCUCCACUAUCAAGGCAUACUUGACUAUUCACUCCUAUUCCCAGAUGCUGCUGUUUCCUUAUUCUUAUACUUACUCCAUUCCAGAGAACUAUGCAGAGCUGAAUACCAUUUCCAAAGCUGCAGUUCAAGAGCUGGCUUCAUUGUAUGGCACAAAAUAUACCUCUGGUUCAGGUGCUUCAACAAUCUAUCCUGCUGCUGGUGGCUCUGAUGACUGGGCUUAUGAUCAGGGUAUCAAGUACUCCUUCACCUUUGAGCUCCGUGAUACAGGCAGAUAUGGAUUUGCACUCCCUGAAUCUCAGAUAAAGCCAACCUCUGAAGAGACUCUGAUAGCUGUUAAAUAUAUUGCCAAUUAUGUCCUUGAGCAUUUAUAUUAGCAUGGUACUGCAAAAUUAUUCAAGAAAGCUUGUUUCAAAUAUACUAUCCCCUCUGUUCUCUUUCCCUGAUGGCUGAUGAUUUCUGCUUUACAGGGUGCUGUUAGUUCUCCCUUACACUUGAACUCUAGAGCCAAUGGAAAUAUCUUGGGAUUUUUCUAUUAAUCACAAAUAAAAAUGACAAUGACUCAC